AUGUAUAACUACGGUGGUUUGGCAUAUGAGUUUAAAGAUUGUUUUUACACGGAUUCCGAUCAAAGCGGAAUUGAACUGAUAUGUUCCAACUUCCACGGAAUAUAUUUCGGUUCCUGUUACGUGUCACACACCGAUGCCUGGGGAUUAUAUUCGGGCUCAUUUGUGAAACACUUAAAAACUGGAGAUUGCCGUGGCAUCCGAUUGGACGAAAACUUCCCGGAAACUUUCUCAAAUGUUGAAACAUACGACAUUUCUAACUACGGAAUCGAAUCGUUAACACCAAACGAUUUUAAUCUUAAACAAUUAAAGAAACUGAUUGCAUCAUACAACAAGCUAACCAAUCUUGAAAUGUCGAUUUUCGGGCAUGCGCUGCAACUCGAUGAAAUUGACUUUUCUUUCAAUAAAAUCGUCGACAUUUCUUCGGCAUCCUAUGAGCUCGAAAUAAAAUUAGGCACGAUGAACAUUUCACACAAUCUCAUCACAAAUUUGAAAUAUGAAAUGUUUUGGAGUCUUGGCAAACUAAUGAUAUUGGACUCAAGCGACAAUUUAAUUGAAACAAUCAACAAAGACGCAUUUCGAAAUAAUAUUUGGCUAGAUACGUUGUACCUGAGAAAUAAUCCAAUUCGUCGUAUUGAUUGCGAAACUUUAUAUUGGCCAAUUGUGCAUCGGACUGUUGAUACAGUCACCGUGCACAUUUCGUGGGACAAUAUCAAGGAGUUUGAUGCAUCAAAUAUGAGCUGGGAAAAUUUGGCCACAAUUUAUAUUAGAACGGAGGAAACUAUAUUCCAAAGUGGUGCUAUCGAUGAUGAUGCACAUAUUUACAUUGAAAAUGAUGAAAUGGAAGUCACUCAUUUCAACAUUUCCGGAAAUGACUUUGCCGACACCGCCAAAGUCAUCGAUCAACUGAAGGCAUCAGUCGAGAGCUUGGAUGCUUCUUAUAAUUUUUUCGCAGAUAAUUCACUAAAUGCGAGCACAUUCCAAGAGCUACAUAAAUUGAAAAAUUUGAAUUUAAGCCAUGCACAAUUGACGCACAUCGAUAAUGACACAUUUUCAAAUCUCCGUGAGCUUCGAAUAUUGGACUUGAGUUACAAUUCAAUGGAUGUGAUUGAUGAACAUUUAUUCCGACAAAAUACGAAUUUAGAACGGCUGCACGUCGAAAAUAGCCCGAUAAGGUUGUGUGGCAUUGCAUCGGUGUUGAUGAGUUCGGUUCCGGUGGAUACGUCAAAUUUCAAGGAAAUCGAUGCAAGUUGCUUCGGACAUUCACUUGAAAUCGAUAUAAGCGAUUCGAUCAUUUUUCGUGCUCCAAACUUCAAGUUCAACUUCAGUCGAGAGGGUUUCAAGCAACUCACUCAUUUUAACAUUUCCGGCAAUCAACUGCAAAGCACAGCAGACAUCAUCAAUGUAUUAGGAGAGUCCAUCAAGACAUUGGCCCUCCAAUCGAAUUUUAUGGGCAAAUCAAAUGCACAGAUUUUUGAGCGGCUCACCAAUAUGGAGUAUUUGAAUCUAAGGGAUACGAAUAUGACCAAUAUGAAUUCUCUCGAGUCAAAUGAAACAAAAAAUUUCGCAGAUUUACAUCUUGAAAUCUCCCGUUUGGACUGCAAUGCAUUUUGGUUUAUCCAACAUUCAACGGAAAUUCAUGUUUCAUGCGAGCAUAUCGAGGAGAUUGACACAAGUUGCUUGACAAAUUCAAUGUUUUCAAUAGAUAUUACAUACCUUGAUGUCGGGGAUGAAGCGUAUCUAGAUAAAAUAUCUUUUACUGCAUUCAAUGCAUCCUUAUCAUGCUAUCCAAGUGAUUUGAAAAUUCGAUACUUUAACAUUUCUGGAAAUCACCUUCCUAAUACGGAUGAUGUCAAUUAA